AUGAACUCGAUCGACCCGGGCUCGGUCCCGCCACUGAACUCUGUACUGCAGCAGCGAGCUGGCAGCAGCAGCAGCAUCACCACCGCUCGAAACUCUCACGACGCGGGUACCUCGGUCACCGUCCGCUCUUCGUCACAAAACCCAUCCAACCAUGCACUCACAAAUAGAAAAUCAAAGAGCACCGAAAAGGAGAACGAUGCCGUCAAAAACGCACCAUCCGCCAACGCAGCCAACGCAAACACCACCGGCAGGCGCAAGAAGAGCCGAGCUCCGGACACAUACCCGCUCUUCGACGGCGACAAACCAUGGUCGCAGCGAUCCUGGGCGUACGAGCUGAUGCCCUUCCGCGGCAUGUGGUACGACCUUCGACGACGCAAAUCGUACCUCGCGAGCGACUGGAUCGAGGGUUUCGAACCAAAGAACUGGUGGACCGUGGCAAACAGCGUCAUCCGCAUGUACUUUAUCAACCUCAUGCCCGCCAUCGCAUACAUCCUCGAUAUGAAUUACCGUACCGGCGGGUCGUACGGCGUGAACGAGGUCAUCUUGGCUUCGGCGCUCGCCGCGAUCGUCUUCGCAGUCUUCUCCGUCCAGCCAUUGACCUUUGUCGGCGUCACAGGUCUGAUCAACCUGGUCAACUACACGCAGUACGACAUCUUUGUCGGCUACUACGGGUUCGAUCGAAUCAACUACCUCAGAAUCCAGGCUUGGUCGUUGAUCUGGGCCGCGGCGUUCCACUUCGUCGUCGCCAUCUUCAAUGUGUGCGACUUUACACGCUUCAUCACGGACAUGACUUCGGAGACGUUCGGAUUCUACGUGGGCGUCAUUUACAUUCAGAAGGGAAUCGAGCUGCUCAUUGAAGAGUUCGAACCGCUGCCUCUCGACAACGCUACCGGAUGGCUCUCGGUGACGAUCGCUAUCAUGUUCACCGUGUCGGUGUAUCUCGUUGCCAAAGUGGGCAAUACGACCUACCUGCCGUUCAAGAUUCGGAACUUUGUUGCAGGGUACGCCUUUGCUGCGGGGUGCAUCUUUUGGACGGGGUUCAGUCACUUUCCCAAAAACUCGCUGCAACGGGUUCCUGUGGAAAGGGUCCCGAUCACCAGAGCCUUCUUCCCGACACUGGAUAGGCCGUGGUUCAUCGACUUUUGGAACAUCGAGCUCAAGUACGUCUUCGUUGGUGCCCCACUCGGGUUCUUGAUCAUGCUGCUGUUCUACUUUGACCACAACGUUAGCAGCGUCAUGGCCCAAGCUCGAAACUAUCCCGUCCGCAAGCCAGCUGGAUUCCACUGGGACUUUUUCCUGCUCGGCAUCACCACCCUCGUAUCUGGAUUCCUCGGUCUUCCCGCUCCCAACGGGCUCGUUCCUCAAGCACCGGUGCAUACCGAAACGCUCUCCGUGUACAAGCAGGUCGAAAAGGACGUCGACAAACGCAUCGCACGAGAAACGCUCUCUCGUCGCAAGAGCAAGAUGCAAACCGUCAAGCAGCAACACGUCGUCAACGUGCGAGUGGUCGAGAAUCGUCUCUCGCAUCUCAUCAUCGGACUUCUCACCCUGGGUACGAUGACAAGACCCUUGCUCGUGGUCCUCGGCACGAUGCCGCGUGCGGUGUUUGCAGGGAUCUUCAUCCUCGUAGGUUGGGCAUCCAUCGAGCGCAACAGCAUCACCCUUCGCACACUAGCCAUCUUCCGAGAUCGUCGACUGGCACCACCGGACGAACCGUUGAACACGAUACGUCGGAGCAAGAUCGCCCUAUUCGUCGGCAUUCAGUGGCUGUUCGCUGCGAUGACCAUCGCCAUCUCUGCGACGAUCGCGGGUAUCGGCUUCCCGGUGAUCAUCACGUUGCUGAUACCUGUGAGGUACUUUUUGGUGCCGAGAUGGUUCAGCCCGUUGGAGCUGAAGAUCCUAGAUGCUCCGACGGCGGAUGCGGAUGGUGUGCUGGCUUCGUUGGGCCACGAACCGGAGAGGGUUACGGGGAGAGGGGUGGCGGUUGCCCUGGAUACGAAGAUCGCGGGUACGUUGUAUCACAAAAAGUCGUUGGACGAUGAUACGGAGGAUGAAGAUGAGACGAGUGGAGGUGGGGAGAAGUCAGCGGCGGAAUUGAGGGACGAGUAUGCAAAGCACGAGCGUUCGAACGAUGAGGAGGCGAGGCUCAGCAGUAAUGGUGAGGGCGGAACGAGGCAGACAAGUUCGCGCUCGCUUGAGGAUGACGGCGUGGCUUCAAGGGAGGCAGUGAGGACGGUGGCUGGUGCAGGAGGGCACGAGAGCGCGGAUCCGGCGAAGGAAGUGCAGCCGGCUGCCGGUGCUGGGAUAAUUGCUUCCGGUCUCGGAUCAGGGGCGGAAGCGGCGGUGGAGGACGAGCGUCUAGCAGACUCCGAGCAGAAGGCUGAGGACGAAGAUGCACGAGAAGCUGGACAGACGGAGGCCAAGUCGACAGCCCCUGCGACCGAGCAGGCUAUAGUUGCGGCGCCGCAGGAAUCUGCCACCACCGCGCAAGAGUCUGUAGAGGCGCCAGCUGAGCACGUCGACUUAGCACCAGCUCCUCCAACACGCGCACCGACAGCUGUCGGCUCCAGCUUUGUCGAGCAAGUCUUUCAGACCACACCUUCGAGCGCAGCAAAAAAUCCAAAGUCGCCAAAGAAAAAGCGCUACGUCUCGGUAGAGAAUCCAGCACGAGGAGCUGGUGUGCCACCUCCGCCAGUACAAUGGCGACAGGGUGAUGAAAAUCAGCAGUAG